GCUUGGCACCCAACGCCCAUUGCUAAUUUACUCACCCGAGCCCGCCGACCCGGGUCCCCCUUCUGCCUUCUUCUUCGAAUCUUCUUCGCUGCCCAUUUCUGAUAAUUGAUCUCCUUCGUUUUUGUUAACCAUCUGAGGUUUUUUCACUGACUAAGGUUGAAUUUCAAUCUUUGGUUAGAGCAUUUGCAGAGAAGUGUCCGGAUUGCAAUCGCGGUUGAGGUUGAAAGGACAAGUCUUUGGUCUUGUUGAACACUUUGGUUAUGGCAUCUAGGCGCUAUGCUCGUUACAGCCCUCUUGCUACAGAUGAAAAUGAUGAUGUCUAUGGAAAACCAAAUGACCCUCGGUUUUCCUAUACUCCAAAGUCCUUUGAUAAAAUCCCAUGGAAAUCCAUACUCCUUGCUCUAUUCCUGCUUUUUCUUGGAUCAUUGCUUCUGUUUCUUUCAUAUUUUAUUUUCACUGGUCACAUGGGAGGGGAUCUGUCCCAAGCCUAUGGCCUUUUGGCUCUAGGAAUUCUCACCUUCCUCCCAGGCUUUUAUGAGACACGAAUUGCAUAUUAUGCAUGGAGAGGUGCGAAGGGAUACCGUUUCGCCUCCAUUCCAGACUAUUAGGGUGUUUUUGUCUUCAAACUUUUCUAAUAAUGUGUAUGGUGACACUUUCAGUUGACAUCUUCAUGUAAAAUCCACAUUGUAUAGAACACAUGAACGAUCCAUAUGUAACUUGUUUGCUAUUUAUUUGUUAUUUAAUGACUUGUUUGCGUUUGAAGCACGCCACGCUCUCA